GAUUUAAGCCAUAGCAUAGCAGAUAUCGCUGCGUUUACCGCAAAGGGAAUAUCGUUAUUCAGUCUAGUAUUCAAGGGAUACCAGCUACAGAAAUGAGUACCGCAUGUCUGAUCGUCAAACAGACGCCCUUCGUUGUUGCUCCGCUCGGGGUAGGGAUGGACACUCGUCCGCAGACAAAUGACAGGUAAGCGCUCCGAAGAAGAUCACAGAAUAUUCCAGGAAUUAUAUAUAGCGCUUUAGAUGCUGAUAUAAUGUAACAAUACAUUAUUUAUAUAAUAAGCCUAUAUUGACUCGUAAAAUUUGCUUUAUAAUGGCACCACCCAAUUACCUUUUCAGUAAUUUUCCAAAAGGAAAGUAUUAUUUUUGCAUUGAAUACUAUUAUUUUUAAGUGUAGACAAUAAUAUUAUCUAACUUAAGCUUGUACAGUAGGGUGAAUUCAUACCAGCAUUCGCAUUUAAUUCUUCAGAGCACGUUUCCUUCCACAUCCCUUAGAAUGUUAAUGAUCUCUGUUUGAUUGACACUAUAACCAUCCUGCACGGCCUUUCUCUCUGCAGUUAUGCUUCACAAUGGAGACCCUGGCUCGCGACAAAGAAGGAUAUGCAAAGGGAAUGCCAGAGAAGCAGACAGUCAUGUGUAAGUUUAUAUUAGCCCCAAUAAUAAGCUAUUGUCUUUUCUGUUGUGUUGUAGUUCUAUUAGGUUCGUUCAAUAUGGGGACACUUAGCCCACCUCAAACAUAGGUCACCAGUUUUAUAUACAGGAAAAUAUGAAAGUUGAUAAAAGCAGUGAAAGUCUGGCAUUUAAUUUCACAUAGAAUGUAAGAUAGUUCCUGUGUAUUUGUGUAUCAUUUUGAUUGAAGCAAGAGAGGAGCUGCAGAACAGCAUUUAAGGCGGUGUCCAGGGCCAGGCAGGAGACAGUCAGACAGUCCUGUAGAGGGAUAGAGGGGAGGGAGGGCAGUAUUACCAUUAGCAGCAUUGUGACAGAGCAGAAGGUGUGAGUGCCUAUCUGUUUUCCUGUUACUGAGCCAAUCAACUGAGGCUCAGAGGGUGAGAAGGCCUGUCUGUUGCACCCUGACAGACUGACUCGCAGCAGCAUAUGGACCUUUACUGUUUCAUACUGACUGUUUCAUACUGACUGUUUUGCAGCCCAAAUGGCACCCUAAUUCCCUAUUUAGUGCAUUUCCUUUGGGGUCCAUAGGGCUCUGGUCAAAAGUAGUGCACUAUAUCGGAAAUAGGGUGCCAUUUGGCACGCACUCUGGCUCUAUCCUGAGCUGAGCUGGCCCCACACCACACCUCACACCGACACCGAAGGCGACAACCAGAGAGUAAUGCCUUCCAGAUAUCCUACUAGCUUGGCACUUUCCUGCUGUUCGCCUGAAAAACACUAAACUGGACACCUCAGGGAGGGUUGUCAUGUUCGAGAUAGAGGGAGAGAGGCUGAGAGAGUUUCCCACAGGUACUUCACACACAGCAAACACCUCUUGUGACUUCCCUGGUUUGGCACCCAACUCCAGCUGGCAGUACCUCAUGUGUGGUGUGGUUGGCGUUGACGCUGGCGUUGGUUUUGCUCGGACAGGUGGUCAGGUCAAGAUAGGUGUUUGUGUAUUUGUGUUUCUCUCUGGCAGUAUGGUGAACUAAUGCAGGACAGGAGGAGGUCCAGGUGGUGAUUAUGAUAGCAGGGCAUUUGGUAUUUGUGUGUUGACAGGACAGUGUGGUAGAUUAACGCCUAAUUCUCUCUCUCUCUCUCUGUGUAUUAACAGCCUUACUCCAGACCUACAGAUUCCACCCCCGCAGCUCCAGGUCUCUUCCCAUUCAAUGAGAAAUCCCAGUCCUUCCAGCACCCUGUCAGGUCAGUACCAAGUCCCAAUAGGCUACACUCCUCCUGCUCCAAAACAGUUUUAAUCUGUCGAUACAGAUAAUAUAUCUGUAUUACUUAGGGCCAAAUUAUAAUUUGAGAUAUAUACGUUAUUAAUAUCUCAUUCUCAUCACAGCAUGAUUUACUUGAAAGUCAAGAAUUGCAUUUGAGGAUUUCAAGUUAGGAUUUGGCCUUUUAGUGAGUGUCUGUUUUCAGUCUGAAGCUAUUCCAAGGGGUUGGUGUGUUAACAUGGCUUUAUUUCUUCUACCACACACUUCUGUCUUAGUGUGUGUGUUUUAAUUCUCAGUCUAUUAGGAAAGGUAUCUGUUUUGUUAACGUUUCGUUUUUCUUCCCACCACCACAGACUAUUUUGGCCCAAGUCCAAGUCGUUUGACUACCUGUACAGCGACGGAGAGGCUCUGCUGAGGAACUUCCCUGUCCAGGCCACCAUCAGCUUCUACGAGGAGUCAGACAGCGAGGAUGACGAGGAGGACGAGGAGUGGGAAGAAGAAAAGGACAGUGAGGAAAAGGAGUACCUCAAGCUUCAGUCCCACUACACCAGCUACAACUGAAGUCUAGAGGAGUUCCAAUUGGAACAGAUGGAACAUUAGAUGGGGUGUUCCGGAACAUCUCUUUUUGGUGCAACAGAAAAUUAUGUCUGCUGCCUUCCGCUCAGAGUCAACAGAUGGGCUGUGCCACUGGUGAGACACCUGGAAGAACCAAUAGAACUGGAACUGUCCUCAGAAUCAGAAUCCAUUCUUAUUCUAUGAAUGGAAUAACCACUGUCAGUCAGAGUCAUAGACUUGUCCUACAGGAGCACAGAACGAUCUAACAAACCCUUUAUGUCACAUAUUCAGUAGUACACAGCAUGCCGAGCACAGAGAAGUGAUUGUAAUGUCUUAUGUAUUCUAGAUUGUUUAUCUUACCUCCAUGAAAGCCAAGAAGCAUAAGUUAAAUGUGAAUUGUGGAGCCUGUUUCAACUGGUAUCUUGUAUUGCUACUAUGUUGGCAUAGGCUCUGUCAAGCUAAGACUUAAACGUAUUUCUGUAGCAAUACAUAGUAAUGGAAAGUUGUACAGUAACAGUAAUGUAUACAAUCUUGCUCUAGUACCAUCUAUGAGUCUUCCUUGGGGGGCAGUGGAAUGUCUGUUGGGGAUUGUAUAACUGCAUACAUUAAAUCCCACAUUGGGAUCAUUUAUCACAGGGUCUGAACCUUGUUUGUGUAUAAAAAAUAAUCUAUAUGCGUUUUAUUUACAUAUCUAACUUAUGAUGUACAAUUGUAUAUAGAUACAUACAGUAUAUGUUUAUAUAUUUCCUAUUUUGCAACUUUUUUGUAUAUUGUCGGUCGAAACACUGUCUAAACAACAGCUGUUAAAAUAAAAACCUAUU